AUGUGCGCCCUGGACGGCGGCUCCUUCCUGGGCAGUGGCAGCAAUGGCUGCGCGCGGAUCUUGCUGUGGGGCGGUGCGCCCGUGGUGAGGAAGGAGUUUCACCACGACGGAGCACUGCUAUUCAUGAUGCGGGAGGCGCGGCUCAUGCUGGAGCUACGCGGGGCCGGGGCCGUGCCGCGCCCUCUGGUCCUGGGUUUCCAGGCCCUCACCCUCAUCCAGGAGUUUGUCGACGAGCCGUACGACAAGUUCCUGAUGCAGUGCUGCGUGCAGGGCGUGCUGCGCUCCCUGGGCCAGCUGUGCCGCCCCCUGGGGGAGGUGCACGCCCGGAGUGUGGUGCACAAUGACCUGAAGGCUGACAACAUCACAGUCUCGGGCAGCGUGCACUGCCCCGUGCUGCACGUCAUCGACCUGGAUUGGGCGUGCCGCGCGGGGCGAGUCGCCGCGGACUUCAGCUUAGAGACGGGCGAGGAGGACGACUUUCCCAGAGAAGGGUUAGGCGUUGAGUGCCCCUGGAUGGCGCCGGAGGUGAGGGCGCGGCGGCCCGUGUUUGCCUCAGGGGACGUGUUCAGCCUGGGCUUCCUGUUGCAGCAGAUAGCAGAUUCCUGCAUCCAGCCCUGGCUGGCGGUGCCCCUGUGGCGGCUUGGGCAGAGCUGCCCCCGUGAGGAGCCGAGCUGCCGCCCCUGCCUUCUCAAGGUGGCGCGGGCUCUGGCGGCGCUGCGGCGAGGACUGCUAUAG